GCAGAGACACCGCAGAGAGAGAGAGAGAGAGGCAAAACCCAUAUAAUAAAUAAGAGGCAUUGCAAUUUGCAUAGGGAUUUCGGAAACCAUAACGACGUUUUCGGGAGAAAGACAGAGAGCAUUGAAGCUGAAGAAGGGAACUGGGUUUCAGUUUCAGAGGGGGUUCUGCGGAUCGUUCGCUGAAGAAUCAAAACAGCAGUACGGAGUAAAGUAUAUGAUGUCUGAUUGAUGAGACAAGCCUAGACGAGAGUAGCUUUUCUUUAUUUUCAGAUUUGUUGUUGAGUAAUCCUCGCGGCUUGCGCGAUGGCGAAUCUGGGUGGGUCGUUUUCGCAGCCAAAUUUCUCCGCCGAAGAUGAUCUGUAUGUAGAACUAUGGAGGGCUUGUGCUGGUCCGCUGGUGGAAGUUCCUACGCAAGGCGAGAAGGUUUUUUAUUUUCCUCAGGGGCAUAUGGAGCAGUUAGAAGCGUCAACAAAUCACGAGCUGAGCCAGAGGGUUCCACUGUUCAAUCUCCCUUCGAAGAUCCUUUGUCGGGUCGUUCAUACCCAGUUGCAGGCGGAACAAGAAACUGAUGAAGUCUAUGCACAAAUCACCUUAAUGCCAGAAGCAGAUCAAACCGAGCCUAUGAGCCCUGAACCAUGCUGUCCCGUACCUCCGAGACCAACCAUUCACUCCUUCUGCAAGGUUUUAACAGCCUCUGACACUAGUACCCAUGGUGGGUUCUCUGUACUUCGGAAACAUGCGAAUGAAUGCCUCCCUCCCCUGGACAUGACUCAGCAAACCCCAACUCAGGAAUUGGUUGCGAAGGAUCUUCAUGGUUAUGAGUGGCGAUUUAAGCAUAUUUUCAGAGGUCAACCCCGGCGGCAUUUGCUUACAACAGGAUGGAGUACAUUUGUUACUUCGAAGAGAUUAGUUGCUGGGGAUUCUUUCAUAUUCAUGAGGGGGGACAAUGGGGAAUUACGUGUUGGAGUAAGGCGUUUCGCUCGUCAACCUAGCAGCAUGCCUUCUUCUGUGAUUUCAAGUCAGAGUAUGCACUUAGGAGUGCUUGCAACUGCAUCUCAUGCUGUUUCUACCCAAACACUGUUUGUUGUCUUUUAUAAGCCAAGAACGAGUCAGUUCAUUGUUAGCAUGAGGAAAUAUUUAGAAGCCAUUAAACACGGGUUUGCAGUUGGCAUGAGAUUCAAGAUGAGAUUUGAGGGGGAGGAUUCUCCUGAGAGGAGGUUUUCUGGCACAAUAAUUGGGGUUGAGGAUAUUUCUCCUCAGUGGAAAGAUUCUAAAUGGCGAUCAUUGAAGGUCCAAUGGGAUGAACCUACAACAAUACCAAGACCUAAUAGAGUUUCACCGUGGGAGAUAGAACCUUUUGUGGCUUCUGUUCCUCCAACCCUAGCUCAAUCCGAAGUGGUAAAGAACAAAAAGUCUCGAUCAGGAAUUGAAAUCCCAUUUAAUGCUACUGGUGCAUGGAAUCCAGGACUGAUCCAGUCACAUGAUUUAAGCCAACUGAAUGGCACAAGUGAAGGAAAAAGAAAUGAAAAUCAUGUCGCUUGGCUUCAUAGACCAUCAGAGAUUAGCGGCACCUUCCUCAACAAUAACAGCAGUUGCAUAUCCAGGACUAGGACUGAGGAGAGCUGGCUUUCUUGCCAUACUAGUAUUUCUCCGCAUCUUUUCCAGGACACAAUGGAGGAGAAUAGAAGUGCCUCUGCCUGGCCCACUUACUCAGGCUAUUCAUCUAUACUUUCAUCAAAGUUGAAUAGUGACCCUAUGCUUGACCUGAUUGAAAAAGGAAAGAAAGUUGAGAUUGCAACUUGCUGCCGAUUGUUUGGUAUAGAUCUCAUGAACCACUCCACCAGCCCGUCUCCUGUUGAAAAGGCACCCAGACAGCAAUUCAGUGCAUCUAGCAGAAAUGCUGAAGGACAUGUCCCAAGUACCCCAUCGGCUGCUGAUUCAAGCCAGAAGUCUGACAUUUCAAAGGCUUCAAACGAAAAGAAACGUGGACAGCUACAACUGUCACCAAAAGAGGCUCAGAGCAGGCAGAGUUGCUCUACAUCUACCAGAAGUCGCACAAAGGUUCAAAUGCAGGGAAUCGCAGUUGGUCGGGCUGUGGACUUGACUGCUUUGAGUGGGUAUGGUCAGCUUAUAGCUGAACUGGAGGUUUUGUUUGAACUUAAAGGGGAGCUUUGCCCUCGGAAUAAGUGGGAAAUUGUCUAUACUGAUGACGAAGGGGAUAUGAUGCUCAUGGGUGACGACCCUUGGCCGGAAUUCUGUAGCAUUGUGAGGAGGAUAUUUAUUUGCUCAAGCCAAGAUGUGAAGAAGAUGGGUUUUGGAAGCAAACUUCCAUUAUCUCCCGUGGAAGGUGAAGGGACCGUUGGAAGCUUGGACUCUCCCAAAAACUGAAACAUGAAAACCUUUUUGCUUUCUAAGGCCCAUUUUUUAUAGCUUGCUAGAGAGGGGAUUCCGGAGUCAUUGACUGACUAGGAUGGGAAAUUACAGAGUUAGGAUCAGAAUUGUGCAUAGUAAUGGCAUUUCUGGUAGAUGUGGUUUGGUUGGAAUUUCUAUUGUCAUGUGCUUGUAAAUAUGUGUUUUGGUACUGUGCCUUUGAGCUUUAGUGAGUGGGAAUUUGGCUGGCUUCUGAUUAGUGAUUGCCACAUUAUGUGGACAUAUUUAAUUUAAUUACUUUCUUGGGAGAAUCUUUUUUUCUCCUUUAUUUUUUCAA